GCAAUCAGGGAACAAGUAGUAUUGAUUGACACGACCGGCUGCCAAUGGAAGGUAGCGGGUGGCGGCUGCUGGGUUAAGCGGAUGGGCAGAGGAAGCUGAGCGGUAACGGAGAGAACAAGCGGAGACCGAGUGCAGCCAUGGGGAACCGGGGGAUGGAGGAGCUCAUUCCCCUUGUUAACAAGCUCCAGGAUGCCUUUAGUUCCAUAGGACAGGCCUGCAACCUGGACUUGCCUCAGAUAGCUGUGGUAGGAGGACAGAGCGCCGGCAAGAGCUCAGUUCUGGAGAACUUUGUAGGCCGGGAUUUCCUGCCCCGUGGAUCUGGAAUUGUCACCCGGCGCCCCCUUAUCCUUCAGCUGAUAUUUUCCAAAACAGAAUAUGCAGAAUUUCUACACUGUAAAUCCAGGAAAUUCACAGAUUUUGAUGAAGUUCGGCAGGAAAUCGAAGCAGAGACAGAGCGGGUGACAGGAUCAAACAAAGGAAUUUCACCAGUCCCCAUCAACCUGCGAGUCUAUUCUCCCAAUGUUCUGAACCUGACGCUGAUUGACCUCCCAGGCAUAACCAAGGUUCCAGUAGGUGACCAGCCCCACGAUAUCGAGUAUCAGAUCAAAGACAUGAUCCUGCAGUUCAUCAGCAGAGACAGCUGCCUCAUCCUGGCCGUCACUCCUGGAAACAGCGACUUGGCCAACUCUGAUGCUCUGAAAAUGGCCAAGGAAGUGGAUCCACAAGGUCUGCGGACAAUUGGAGUUAUCACCAAGCUGGAUUUAAUGGACGAAGGCACAGAUGCCAAGGAUAUACUGGAGAAUAAGCUGCUGCCCUUAAGAAGAGGGUACAUAGGGGUUGUGAACAGAAGUCAGAAAGAUAUUGAUGGCAAAAAGGACAUCAAAGCAGCCCUUUCUGCAGAGCGCAAGUUCUUCCUGUCGCACCCGGGAUACCGGCACAUGGCAGAGCGAAUGGGCACGCCGCACUUGCAGAAAGCACUCAACCAGCAACUAACCAAUCACAUCAGAGAGACGCUGCCUGCCCUGCGCAACAAACUGCAGAGCCAAUUGCUGUCUCUGGAGAAGGAAGUAGAGGAAUAUAAGAACUUCCGGCCAGAUGACCCCACAAGGAAAACCAAAGCUCUACUGCAAAUGGUCCAACAGUUUGCAGUGGAUUUUGAGAAGAGGAUCGAGGGUUCUGGAGAUCAAGUGGAUACUCUGGAACUUUCAGGAGGUGCCAGGAUUAAUCGGAUCUUUCAUGAGCGAUUUCCAUUUGAGCUUGUAAAGAUGGAAUUUGACGAGAAGGAUUUACGGCGAGAAAUCAGCUACGCCAUCAAGAACAUACAUGGUGUCAGGACAGGGCUGUUCACACCAGACAUGGCUUUUGAGGCCAUUGUAAAGAAACAGGUUGUAAAGCUGAAGGAGCCGUGUCUGAAAUGUGUGGAUAUGGUCAUCCAGGAGCUGAUCAACACUGUGCGACAGUGCACCUCCAAGCUGGCGUCCUACCCGAGGUUACGCGAAGAGACUGAAAGAAUCGUCACCACGUACAUCAGAGAGAGGGAAGGAAAAACAAAAGAUCAGAUCCUCCUGUCAAUAGACAUUGAGCUGUCCUACAUCAACACCAACCAUGAGGAUUUCAUUGGCUUUGCAAACGUUUACUAUACAGAGCAACUCAUUCCAUGUGCACAGCAGAGAAGCUCUCAGCUCAACAAGAAGAGGGCUGUCCCCAACCAGGGAGAGAUAUUGGUCAUCAGGAGAGGCUGGUUAACCCUAAACAUCAGCAUCAUGAAAGGGGGCUCGAAGGAAUACUGGUUCAUCCUAACGGCAGAGUCGCUCUCUUGGUAUAAAGAUGAAGAGGAGAAAGAGAAGAAAUACAUGUUACCUCUGGAUAACUUAAAAAUCAGAGAUGUAGAGAAGGGUUUCAUGUCCACAAAACACAUCUUUGCCAUCUUCAACACAGAGCAGAGGAACGUCUACAAAGACUUGCGGCAGAUAGAGCUGGCAUGUGAUUCCCAGGAGGAUGUAGAUAGCUGGAAAGCAUCCUUCCUCCGAGCUGGAGUGUAUCCGGAAAAAGACCAGAGGGAAGAGGAAGAGACCCAGGAGAACACCUUCUCAAUGGAUCCCCAGCUGGAGAGACAAGUGGAGACCAUCCGCAAUCUGGUAGACUCCUACAUUUGCAUUGUGAACAAGUCCAUCCGGGACCUCAUGCCGAAGACCAUAAUGCACCUCAUGAUUAAUAACUCAAAGGAAUUCAUCCACUCCGAGCUGCUGGCUUACCUAUACUCGUCCUCCGAUCAGAACAGCCUGAUGGAGGAGUCUGCCGACCAGGCACAGCGACGAGAGGAAAUGCUGAGGAUGUACCACGCUCUGAAAGAGGCUCUGAAAAUCAUUGGUGACAUCAGCACUAGCACCUCUACAACCCCAGUGCCACCACCAGUGGACGACACUUGGCUUCAGAACUCCAACAGCGGCCACAGCCCGACAGUGCAAAGGAGGCCGGUGUCCACUGUCCUCCCUCCCAGCCGACCGCCUGCUGUCAGGGGUCCAACUCCUGGGCCUCCUCUGAUUCCAGUACCUGCAGGGGGCUCUUCCUUUAUUGUUCCUCCUAUCCCCUCCCGCCCUGGUCCUCAAGGCCCAUUUGCUGCUGCAAACAAUGACCCCUUCUCUGCGCCUCCACUGAUCCCAUCCCGACCCGCUCGAAUCCCACCCGGCGUUCCACCUGGAGUUCCUAGGAGGCCUCCCCCCACUGCUCCGGCCAAGCCAAAUUUUUGGUGAAAACACCUCACUUGCCUCCACCUCUUCUCCUUUUGCCCUCGGUGUCACCUGGAUUCCGUAUACUGCAAUCUCGCUGAAGGGGGCGGCACAAAUGCCUUGAUGGAGGGGGUCGAGCAGCUGUUUAGAAGAAUAUGGCUUCCUUCUUCCCAUGGAGCUGACACUUUUGGUCUGAAAAGAACCUUGUAAGCCAUGAACCCUUGCUGGAACCCCCGGCUCUAUUAUUUCCUUGUCACAAGGGACUUUUGGUGUGUUUUUUUUUUUUUAUAAAGCACCUGUCCAUUUUCUGAUUGGUUCUGCCCCUAUGACUGCUGCUUCCCCAUCAGGAAGAUCUCACUGGGGUCGCCCAUUUCCUCCUGGUGACUGGGAUUCAUCAUCAUACAUUGUCACCUGUUUAGUUGGGGGCCACGGGACCCAAGGAUCGGGCCCUUCAGUUUGGGAUCCAGACAUAACAAUGUAUAGGUAUAAUAUAGACAGCAGCCUAGCCGAUGGGUAUGGGAAGAAUUUAAUGGCGGUAAGUGAGCAAAAGGGAUCCUACUUAACUGAUGCUGGUAACCAGUAGCGCAUUAACAAUAGGUUUGAUUCUGGUCCCUUUAAAAGUUGACCCUUGGACGAAUCCAGGCUUCCAUUUUGGGAACAGCCGUUUGUGCAGGAAGUGUAUUUGGCUCGCGAGCGCUCGACCGAACCAAAAUUUACCUCUUGGACUAAUAAAGGUAACAAUA